CCCCACACACAUAUCAACGACUCUAUCUCCCUCUCUGAAGAGCAUUACCAUUUCAGCACCUAGGGGCAGGCACGCAAACAGUGCAACACAGAGAAAGAGAGAGGGAGGAGACAAAGGUGAGGAUGCCUGGACGCCAUUGAUGUCGUAGCAGAGAGGUCAGGUCAGGUCAGGUCCGGCACAGGAAACUAAGAGAGGAAGGGACCAUGGAGCCUGCAAGAAGGAGAGGAAGAAGCGGGGGCUUCCUGGUGCUUCUCGGGUCUCUGCUGCUUGCAUUGGCCGGCGGUGCAAGCGCGUGGCCUCACGACGGCACCGGCGGAGCGGUCGGAGGCGAGCGGCGGUACAGGGAUCUCGCGCUGAGGAGGAUUGGGAGCAUCAGGUCUUCGUUCGGGGCAAGAAGAGAUUUAGCAACGUCCUCGGCGGGCGCGCGGGUGUACCACGUGACGGACUACGGAGCGGACCCGACCGGCGCCGCCGACGCGACUGCGGCGAUUAAAAGGGCCAUCGCCGACGCGUUCCGGCCCCCGUCCAAUGGCACCAUGACUGGCGGCAUCCCCGACCUCGGCGGCGCAGAGGUGCACCUCGACGGCGGCACGUACCUCGUCAAGGGGCCCCUCACGUUGCCGGCUUCCGGCGGCGGCAACUUCAAGAUCCACAGCGGGUCGCUGCGCGCGUCGGACGAUUUCCCGACGGAUCGGUACCUGAUCGAGUUGUCGGCGACGGGCGGCGGCCGCAGCUACGACUACGAGUACGCGACACUGCGGGAUCUGAUGCUGGACUGCAACUACCGCGGCGGCGGCGUCACGGUGGUGAACUCGCUCCGGGUCGGCAUCGACAACUGCUACGUCGUGCACUUCCAGUCCGACGGCAUCGCGGUGCACGGCGGUCACGAGACGUUCAUCCGGGACAGCUUCCUCGGCCAGCACAUGACGGCCGGUGGCGACCCCGGCGAGAGGGGAUUCACGGGCACGGGCAUCCGGCUGGACGGCAACGACAACUCGGUCUCCGACGUUGUCAUAUUCUCCGCGGAGACCGGGAUCAUGGUCACCGCAGGCGCCAACUCCAUCUCCGGCGUGCACUGCUACAACAAGGCCACCGGGUUCGGCGGCACCGGCAUCUACCUCAAGAUCCCGAGCCUGACGCAGACAUGGAUAAGCAACAGCUACAUGGACUUCACCAGCAUCGUCGCCGAGGACCCCGUGCUGCUGCACGUGUCGGGCUCCUUCUUCCUUGGCGACGCCAACGUCGUGCUCAAGGCCGUCAACGGCGUGGCCAAGGGCGUGCAGAUCAUCGGCAACCUCUUCAACGGGCGGGACAAGGGCGUCGACAUUGUGCAGCUCGACGGCAAGUUCGCCACGGUUGAGCAGGUGUACGUGCAGCAGAACUCGGCCACCGGCAUGACGCUCAAAUCGACGUCGGCGCGCGAGUCGAUGGACGGCAACGGGACCUCGUGGACGGUGGACUUCUCGCCGGUGCUGCUGUUCCCGGACCGCAUCGAGCAUGUCCAGUACUCCCUGGUCACUGGCGACGCAUUCCCGGGGCACACGCUCCGGAACGUGUCCGGCAACCAGGUCGUCGUCGCCACGGACAAGGCCGUGUCGGCGACGGUCCACGUGCUGGUAGACCAGAACAGCAACUGAAGUGGGCCGAGCGCGCGAGCGCCGCAGCUGCAUGCUCGUGCGACCGCGAGCAAGGCGUGAUUCGUUCGUUUGUUCUCGCAAGAUUCAUCCAUUCAUGUUGUCGGGGAGAUGGCACUGGUUUCCUUUCCCCUCGAAAAUGCUCCAUAAUGGAUCAUUUUUUUACUCUUAAAUUUCUCAAAAGCACGAUUAAUUUGAGCAAAAUGCAUUUCUUAACCACUUGAAAAGAAUUCGAGCUCUGACAGUACACCAGGACAAGCUAAAGCUGUUCAUAAUUUCACGACACUUUCUGAAAUCCGAGCAUAGACAAAAAUAAAUAAACAAUCAUAGAUCAUUCGCUUGCAGUAGAUCUUAGGUGACAUGAUCCAUACCUGGCCGGUCUA